CUCCAAGUUUCUAGCAUUUGCAAAUCCGUGAGUCGAUCACCUGCUGCUCUCCACUCCACUCGAGUCUGGUUGACGCAUCCGAUCCCCUCCUUGCCAAACUGCUGUGCGUCUGUCACCUCUCAAGAGCCGUCCGUCCGUGCGUCAUCCUCGCGGGAUGCUCCGUUCUCAGUACUACCCUCACGCUUGACUCACCAUUUUCAGCGUAGAAUACCCUCACGCUAGACUCGCCAUUUUCAGUGUUGAAAACAUAUAUUUUUCCCGGAUUUGUCGUUCGGGGAGUCAUGGCGACGGCGGCGACGAAGGAGCAACAGCAGAAGACCAUCAAUGUGCUCACUGCUGCGGCUCCGCUACAGAACUAUGAGUUCGACUUCGGGAUUGGAGGAGCGCCGGGCAAGGCAGCAGGAGCGAGCCUCAAAGACCAGCGGAGCGGCUACUCCCUCGCGUCGGUGUCCAAGGGCGGGGACCUAGCCUCCAUGCUCCUCGGCUCCUCCUCCUCCGCCUCCCCAGCCACCGCCGCCCCCAAAGCCCCCGCCUACUCCGGUCCCCCCACAGUGGCGCUCUCCCCCACCUUCACCCCCGCGCCCCCCCCCUGGAUGCUCACCCCCGCCUCCCCCGCGCCCACUCCGUCCGUCUCGGGCGUGUACACCGUCACCAUCCCGCCGCCCGUCUCCAUCCAAGCUUCCUUCAAGGAAGGCCCUCCCACCGGGGCUGCCGCCGUUGCUGCCGGUGCUGCUGGUGCUGCUGCUGGCGCCACAGCAGCAGGCACUACGGUGGGUCCAGGGGCUCUGGGGCUCUCAGGGGUUGGAGCAGCAGGGGGGGUGGGGGGAGCAGGGGGUGGGGCGGGCGGAGGGGGGAUGGGCGGGCUGGCUGCCACGUGGACGGCGUCGCCCCUGGGAUCCACGAGCAGCAAGAAGCCGGACGCCCUCACUGACCUCUGGAGCACCGUGGCCUCGGGGGCUGCUGCUGGGAAUGGUGGUGCUGGUGGUGCUGGUGGUGCUGGUGGUGGUGGAAUUGGUGGAACUGGCAGUGGUGGUGGUGGUGGUGGUGGGAUGACAGGAAAUGGUGCUUCUGCAGGAGCAGCAGCGCCAUUAGCUAAUGGGGUAGCAGACAGGACUUCGUCGUCAUCAGCAGCAGCAGCCCCAGCAGCAGCGGUGCCAGUGGUGGAUCCAUUUGGGGACGUCUUCGCCUCUGUUCCCAUGGCUCCUGCACCCUCUGCUGCCUCGGCUGCCCCAGCAGCAGCAGCAGGUGGCGACCUGCUGGGGGGAGACCUGCUGUCUGACUUGGGCUCCUCUGUGCCUGCUGCUGCUGCUGCAGCUGAUGCCGCAACCUCCGCUGCUGCUUCUGCUGCUGCUGCUGCUGCUGCUGCUGCUGCUGCCAGCCCGAUGGAUCCUGUCGGAGGGCUGCUGUGACACAGCUUGAUGUCACUCUGAAAUAUAAUGUUUGCAUACACCUACCAUGGGCAAGACCUGUGUGGACUAGUCCGCCUGUUAUCCAUGAGAUUGCUGCCACCUGAAGUUCAAAAAUCAAGCCCUCUGGACAGCACAAAUACAUAAACUUCCUCUGGACCACUAGUGCAUCUUCGCAGGCCAUACUACCGUACUUGUUUCCAAUGGGUUUACGAAAUUGUAUUGCAACGCAACCGAUUGGCAUCA